AAUUAUGCAACAACUUGAUCAUUUCUGCUUUCAAAAUUCAUAAAACAUAAAAAACAAGCAUGACGAUUUACUAAAAAAAAUAUUCAAAAUAUUAACAAGAAUACACUUUUUUUAACAGCACGUAAAACGAUUUAUUGUCACGACCACCCACCAGUGCUAACAAAAGCGAGCGCUCUGCUUUCAGGCCCCGGGGUGCAUUCCGGAGCCUUCCUCGCUCACCAGAUCCCAAAACAACGAAACGGGGAAAUAACACAGGAGCGUAGUACUUGCGCAAACAAACUUGAGAACAACAGGUCUGACCAACUCUGUAACUGAAUGAAAGGGCUCUGAUUUAGUGCAUGUUUGAGAUAUUUCAGGCUUUUUGGACUUGCGACCUGAAGCCGCUGGGCCGACCACGUGACCGCCGCCGUUAUCUUGGUAGUUCACCUGCAACUCCCGUUUCAAGUCCAACAUUUAGACGACAACACGCUGCCGGCAGUUUCCGUAGCUGCUGAGGAUCAACACCAUGGGAUCCUCGCCACUCGCAUUUAUUCUGCUGGCCUUAUUGGCGUCAUGGGGGGGUCCGCCCGGGUCUGACGGGGGCAACGUCUUGGUGUUCCCAGUGGACGGCAGCCACUGGAUCAACAUGAAGGUUCUUCUGGAGGAGCUCCACCAGCGAGGACAUCAGCUGACGGUCAUCAGAGCCGCCAACAGCGUCUACGUGCCGCAAAGCUCGCCGCUCUACACUGCCGUCACCAUCGACUUGGCGGGAACAUGGCAGGAAUUUUUCAAAUUUAUGGAGGAGCUCAUUACGAACCUCCGACAAGGACGCACCAUGCACCGCGAGUUCGCCAACUUCAUCUACAAGGCCCACUCGACGUGGGGAGACACAAUCUCCGAGUUCCUGGAUGAUGAGAGGCGAGUUCAGAGUUUAAGAGACUCCCGCUUCGACCUGGUCCUGACCGACCCGGCCAUCGCUCCCGGCGUGAUUCUGGCCAAGUAUUUGGACCUUCCUCUGGUGCUCAACGUACGCUGGAUCCAUGCCGGCGAGGGCCACAUGGCCAUGGCCCCGUCGCCCCUCUCCUACGUCCCCAUGCCGGGAUCAGGCUUGACGGAUAAGAUGAACUUCCUCCAGAGGGUAAAGAACGUCUUCUUCUACGUCAUGAUCACCCUCCAGCAGAAAAUCCUGAUCGAGCCCAUCUACAGCGCCAUCUGCAGGAAGCACUUCCCGGGCGGCUGCGAUAUCAACUCGCUCCUCCGGCAGGCUGACGUUUGGCUCUUCCGCACCGAUUUUGUCUUUGACUUCCCCCGGCCCACCAUGCCCAACGUAGUCUACAUCGGCGGCUUCCAGUGCCGGGACGCCCGCCCGCUGCCUGCGCACCUGGAGGACUUUGUCCAGAGCGCCGGCGAGCACGGCGUGAUCGUAAUGAGUCUCGGCAGCCUGGUCAACGCUAUGCCCGAGCGCGACGCUGAGGAACUCGCCGCCGUCUUUGCCAGGUUGCCGCAGAAGGUGAUUUGGCGUCACAAGGGUCCUCGGCCGUCCACGCUGGGCAAUAACACCCUGGUGGUGGACUGGAUGCCCCAAAAGGAUCUUCUGGGCCAUCCGCAGACCAAAGUCUUCGUGGCCCACGGGGGCACCAAUGGACUCCAGGAGGCCAUCUUCUAUGGCGUCCCCGUGCUGGGUAUCCCGCUCUUCUUUGACCAGUUCGACAACCUGGUGCGCUUGGAGCAGAGAGGAGCCGCCAAGAUCCUGGAGCUGGCUGACCUUAGCCAAGGCUUUGAGGCCAGCCUCAAGGAGGUUCUGAGCCACGACAGCUACCGGCGCAACAUACGGAAGCUGUCCGAACUGCACCGGGAUCAGCCUAUGAGGCCCAUGGAUCGUGCAGUCUUCUGGGUGGAGUAUGUGAUGCGCCACAAGGGGGCGCCGCAUCUGCGUACGCAGGCCUACGAGAUGCCUUGGUAUGCUUACUACGGCGUGGACGUGGCCCUGCUGCUGGCGGCCAUAGUGAUUGCGCCGGUGUUGUCCACCGUGGCUCUCGUCAGGUUCUUCUGUUGCAAAAAGACGAGAAAGAACAAAGCAAAACGACAAUAGCAAUCGACAAGGUGUUCCAACCUUGAAACCUGAAAGCUAAUAUUCAUCGUUUUGCUCAACAUUGAGCCUUUUCCAAGACGAUCUCAAGGUUCCACUGGACUUAUUGAAUUAGAAAACAGCAAAGUUGAUUUGGACUUCAGUAUUUGUCAUGAAAGACAAUUUGUGGUGAUUUGCAAUAUUUCCUUUUGCUGUACACGGGAAUGUCUGCGACGGGCCGAAACUUUGCAUGGAAAAAUCUGCCAGUGGUCUGGCGGGGAUGAUGAUGUCACUCGGGCUGGGAAUACGGAGGAGACAUUUUGUUGACUGCCUAAAAUACAUCCCUGCUCACAGUCUAACAAGAUGGAGUCAUCAUCAUCAUCCCAUUAGUGUUCUGCACAUGUUUUAUAUUCGUGUUGCUUCCAAGGACAUUUUGGUCACUACGACCAAACCCAAUUCACAGAAAUCCACACUUUGAUGGUUGCUUGCCAAUAAAUAGCAUCGAAAACAAGGCCACACAACAAGUCCCUUGCGAAAAGCAUAAAUGAUCAUAGUUCUAAAGCAAAUGAAUCUAUUUCAAGCUAGCAUACGCUCAAAUUGGACUUGCGUCAAUUUUCCUUUCCUCUGAUAAAACAGGUUCAAACAUGA